AUGCGAAGUAUCAUCUGCUCGUCCCGUGGAAUAGCCCUUUUCCUGCAUCGCAGCAGAGGAGCUACCCGCAUUUCCGUCGCGUGUUUCCGAAGCUCGCGAUACUCGACCGUCGCAUCCGAUUGCACAGAUGAGACAAUCUCUCUUCCUAUCGGAAACAAUGGGGCUAUUUCUCUGAAAAUUACGCGACCGAGCGCGUUGAGCCCGUCUGACCAGGGGUUGUCUCCCGAAGCCCCAAAUGUAAUCCUCUACCUUCCGCCUGGACCUUUGUUUCAGGGAAAUGGCGCAAGCGCAUCUCAAAAUCGUGAGAAUUUUCAAGCUGAUCACCAAAUGAUUGGCGAUAUCAACGCCUUGGCCUCUGUGGCAGAUUCACCCCAGCAUGUCCUGGCAUCUACCGCGGCUGCAUUGGUAGUCACAAUCAAUUACCGCCUCGGGGAGAUAAAAACAGAUAUCACCCCAUCAUCAGAUAAAAGCUCUAUUUCACAAGAGCCAAUUGAAGCCCCAGGCCAAACCCUGGGACCAAGCAACCCCCAACUCACCUCUUACAAAUACCCAACACCAGUGCACGAUACCCUGGCCGGAUUCGACUGGAUCAAAACUCACCUCCGACCAUCCCAACUAGCCGUAUUCGGCACGCACAUCGGAGGCUCUUUAGCUCUAAUGCUAGCGCUAACAGAAGCGCAAUCCAUCCAAGCCGUCGCCGCCGUAGAACCCGUUUGCGACUGGCCCGGCUUGGACGAGUACUGCACGCGCGAGAGCACUAUCACGACGACCAAGACAAUAGCAGGCGUUAACAAUGAUACCACUGCAAGCUCAACAACAACAUCCAAACACAAGCGCCAACCAAGAAAAAAGUCCCCAGCACCACCAGACCUACUCCCCCUCCUCCAGGCACGCUCGAAAUUCUUCUCAACACCAGAGCGCUGCUUCGACUCCUUCGCCUCGCCGAUUCUCUUCCUCCGCUCCGCGGGUCGGGACGUGCCGCGCACAUUCCCGCAGUAUCUUACGGGGCCGGAGUAUCCCGUCCCCGUACUGAAGGAGAACGCGCGGAGUACAACAGCCGAGCUAUACGCUGCACCGGACGACUCGAUCUGGGAUCAAGAUGUGUAUCCCGACAUGGAUACCGACGACGUCGAAGGUAUUGGUGCUACUGUUACCCGACGCCGGAAGGCGCUUUCGCGCUGGCCGCCGUAUGGGUUGGAUUAUGGGCUUAGUGGGAAUACGUUCUCUGGACCUGGAGAUGGGAUUGGGCGGUUGGAGAUGGUUUUACCUUGGGUCCGGGUGCUUUCGAGACAGGAUGGUGCUGAAUUGGGUUCUGGUUCUAUCUCUUCGUCUGCGAUCGAGAUGAAGAAGAAGACUAGAGAUGGGGGGAAUGGGUCUACGGUUCUUGCUAGACAGGCUGAUGAGAUGGUUUCUGCUAUGCGGCGGGCUUGCUUUUGGGGGCGGGAGAAGGGGGUUGGGGAGCGAAGGGUUACUUUGUCUCAGGUUCGGAGUAGUGGUAUUAGUGAGGGACAGGAAGUGGGGGAUUGGUUCAAGGAUGUGUUUCAAGGGACAAUGGAAGAUAUAGAUUAA